UGUGUGCGCUGAUGUGCUGCUUCUUCGUCUGGUCUUAGUUACACCUGGAAACAUGCGGCUUUUCGCUCUGAGACAGCUCACACGGCCGCUGUGCCAGCGAGUCCCUGCUUGUCUCAGUGCACGCGCCCACCAGUCUCACACUGCCACCCGUGCAACGGAUGAAGAUCGUCCUUGGACGGGUCAGGAGAGCCUGGCUCAGGAUGACCCCGAGAUGUGGAAUCUGCUGCAGAAUGAGAAGGAGAGGCAGCGCUGUGGUUUGGAGCUCAUUGCAUCUGAGAAUUUCUGCAGCCGAGCAGCUCAGGAAGUUCUCGGCUCCUGUCUUACCAACAAAUAUUCACGCAACCCUGUCAUAAAGUCUCAUGAUGGAGGAGGAGUGGUUGACCAAAUUGAGCUGCUCUGUCAGAAGCGAGCUCUGGAGACCUUUGACCUGGAUCCAGCUCAGUGGGGCGUCAACGUCGAACCGUACUCUGGCUCUCCUGCCAACUUUGCCACUUACACCGCUGUACUCAAUCCCCACGAUCGUAUCAUGGGCCUGGACAUAUCUGAUGGUGGACAUCUGUCUCACGGCUACAUGUCUGAUGUGAAAAGAAUCUCUGCAACCUCCAUCUAUUUUGAGACAAUGCCUUACAAGCUGAAUAUUGCAACAGGACUUAUAGACUACGACCAGAUGGAGAUGACGGCCAAGCUGUUCCGGCCCAAGCUCAUCAUCGCUGGCACCAGUGCCUAUGCCCGGCUCAUUGACUAUGCCCGCAUCAAGAAGCUGUGCACCAACAUCAAUGCCUACCUGCUUGCUGACAUGGCUCAUAUUAGUGGCCUGGUGGCAGCCAAAGCCAUCCCCUCGCCCUUUGAACAUGCUGACCUGGUAACCUCCACCACGCACAAGUCCCUCCGUGGAGCAAGGGCUGGUGUCAUCUUCUAUCGGAAGGGUGUUCGCUCAGUUGACAAAAAGGGAAAGGAAAUCAUGUACGACCUCGAGGACAGGGUCAACUUUUCCGUCUUCCCCUCACUGCAGGGUGGACCUCAUAACCAUGCCAUUGGUGGUGUAGCAGUGGCGCUCAGACAGGCACAGUCUCCCCUGUUUAAGGAGUAUAUUGACCAGGUGCUAAAGAAUGCCAAGGCUAUGGCUGCAGCUCUUCUCAGCAAAGGCUACACCCUGGUAUCAGGUGGGACCGACACCCACCUGGUCAUCGUGGACCUGCGGCCCAGGGGUGUUGACGGGACUCGGACUGAGAGGUUACUUGAGCUUGCGUCAAUCUCCACCAAUAAGAAUGCCUGCCCUGGAGACAAGAGCACCCUGACGCCUGGUGGCCUCAGAGUAGGUGCUCCAGCCCUGACCUCGAGACAGUUCAAAGAAGCCGACUUUGUGCAAGUUGUGGAGUUCAUGGAUGAGGGUUUCAAGAUUGCCUUGGAUGUCAAGAAAAAGACAGGAAAGCUCCAAGACUUCAAGAACUUCCUUCUUCAGGACCCAGAAACGGUGGCUCGCAUCGCAGAUCUGCGCCACCGUGUUGAAGCCUUUGCCAGGCCCUUUCCCAUGCCAGGGUUCCCCGACCAUUAGCCCAUCCACUGUGGACCCACGGGUCUAUCACAGCCAGAUGGCAGAGAGCCGGCUGGGCAGAAGUGUGGAUGGAGUGAAAUGUGGCCCGCCCCUGUGAACUGAAAUGGCUUGAGUUCACUUUUUCAAUAAUAUAUGGGAAACAAUUUUUAUACUGCUUUGCAGUCACGAGUCAGUCAUCUGUUUGGGUAAAAACACAGCUUCCAUGUUGAGUUAAAUAAACAAUCAAAUGUGACAGAUUUUCUAGAGCAGAACAACAUAUUUUCUAUUGUGUGUGUGAAGAUUUUCUUCUUCAUAUCAUUUUGUAAUAAAAGUGUGUGUGGAAGAAAGAAUUAGCAAAAGUCGGUGUCACAGUGUCUGUGAUCUCAAUGAAAAAAAAUCUGGAUAUGUUUAAUCAUGGACCAGGUAAUCUAUUACACUGGGGUGGCUGUAGCAGGUCACCUACUAACCGGAAGGUUGGUGUUUCGAUCCCUGUCUGCUCCAGUCUGUGUGCCAAAUAUCUUUGGCUGGGCAGCCUUGGGCAAGAUACGAACACCAAAUUGCUCUCCAUCAGAGUAUGAAUGCGUGUGAAUGUUAAAUAGAAAGAGCAUAGAAAAAAAGUGCUUGUGCGAAAUGCUAUAUAAGAACCGGUCAGUUUACCAUUUACCCUUUAAUGUGUGUACCUGCUCUCAUCACUGAAAAGCACAAGGCUAGUGACAAUUCUGGUAUUCUAUGGCAAAUGCUAAAAGGUGCCAGGCAAUACGCACAGGGCCCACUGGAGGAUGUCAGGCCCCAGCCACCUUCAUGAAGUCUGUUUCUUAAUCUUUGGUCAGAGACAUUCACACUAGUGGCCUGCUGGAGGUCCUUUCUGUUCUCAUGUGCUCAUUCUGCUCCUCCACAGUGCACAUGGUUUCAACAAAUGUGAAUAAACUGUCUACAUCACAACUCAGUCAAAACAUAUUUUACUAUAGUGUUCAUAAGUCUCUGAUUUUUUUUUUAAUUGGCAACUGCUGUACACAAAGGUUUGAACCAACCUUUUUCAUGUUUGUGUUAAUUUUAUUAGUGUCAUUCUAAUAAACCCCAGUAAUGAAAAUA